AUGCAGAAGAGCGUGCGGUACAACGAGGGGCACGCCCUGUACCUGGCGCUGCUGGCCCGCAAGGAGGGCACCAAGCGCGGCUACCUCAGCAAGAAGACGGCGGAGACCAACCGCUGGCACGAGAAGUGGUUCGCCCUCUACCAAAACGUGCUCUUCUACUUCGAGGGCGAGCAGAGCGCCCGCCCCGCCGGCAUGUACAUGCUGGAGGGAUGCAACUGCGAGCGGGUGGCCGCUCCCAAGGGAUGCGCGGCGGGCAGCGCCAGGGAUGCGGCGCUGGACAAGCAGCAUUACUUUACUGUUCUCUUUGGCCAUGAGGGGCAGAAGCCACUGGAGUUGCGUUGUGAAGAUGAGGUUGAUGGAGAUGAGUGGGUAGAAGCUAUUCACCAAGCAAGCUACUCGGACAUCCUGAUAGAGCGGGAGGUGCUGAUGCAGAAGUACAUCCACCUGGUGCAGAUUGUGGAGACCGAGAAGGUGGCGGCCAACCAGCUCCGGCACCAGCUGGAGGACCAGGACACAGAGAUCGAGAGGCUCAAGUCAGAGAUUGUAGCACUGAAUAAAACAAAGGAAAAAAUGCGACCUUAUCAAGGCAACCAGGAAGAUGAAGAUCCAGAUAUCAAAAAAAUUAAGAAGGUUCAGAGCUUUAUGCGGGGCUGGUUGUGCAGAAGAAAAUGGAAAACCAUUGUGCAAGAUUAUAUUUGUUCUCCUCAUGCAGAGAGCAUGAGGAAGAGGAACCAGAUAGUUUUCAACAUGGUGGAGGCUGAGUCUGAGUAUGUGCACCAGCUUUAUGUCCUGGUGAACUGUUUCCUGCGGCCCCUCAGGAUGGCCGCAAGCUCCAAGAAGCCACCCAUCAGCCACGACGACGUCAGUAGCAUUUUCCUCAACAGUGAAACAAUCAUGUUUCUUCAUGAGAUAUUUCACCAGGGCUUAAAAGCAAGAAUAGCUAACUGGCCUACCUUAAUUCUAGCUGACUUAUUUGACAUUCUGCUGCCAAUGCUGAACAUAUAUCAAGAAUUUGUUCGGAAUCAUCAGUAUAGCCUACAAGUGCUGGCAAACUGUAAGCAAAACAGAGAUUUUGACAAACUCUUGAAGCAAUAUGAGGCUAACCCAGCAUGUGAGGGCCGAAUGCUGGAAACUUUCCUCACCUACCCCAUGUUCCAGAUUCCCAGAUAUAUUAUAACACUUCAUGAACUUUUGGCUCACACACCACACGAGCACGUUGAGAGAAAAAGCCUUGAAUUUGCUAAAUCUAAACUAGAAGAACUUUCAAGAGUGAUGCACGACGAGGUGAGUGACACGGAGAACAUCCGGAAGAACCUGGCCAUAGAGAGGACCAUAGUGGAGGGCUGUGACAUAUUGCUAGAUACCAGCCAAACCUUUAUACGCCAAGGUUCCCUUAUCCAGGUCCCCUCAGUUGAGAGGGGAAAGCUGAGUAAAGUUCGCCUGGGCUCACUGUCUUUGAAGAAAGAAGGAGAAAGACAAUGUUUCUUGUUUACAAAGCACUUUUUAAUUUGUACAAGAAGUUCAGGAGGAAAACUGCAUCUUCUUAAGACAGGAGGUGUUCUGUCUCUAAUAGAGUGCACACUGGUCGAGGAGACAGAAGUGAGUGAUGAUGAUUCAAAAGGUUCUGGGCAGGUGUUUGGACACCUGGAUUUCAAGCUCAUAGUGGAGCCCACGGAUGCUCCUCCUUUCACUGUUGUCCUUUUGGCCCCAUCACGGCAGGAGAAAGCUGCAUGGACCAGUGACAUCAGCCAGUGCAUUGAUAAUAUAAGGUGCAAUGGAUUAAUGACAAUAGUGUUUGAAGAAAACUCCAAAGUCACAGUGCCACAUAUGAUCAAAUCCGAUGCCCGUCUUCACAGAGAUGACAUCGACAUUUGCUUCAGCAAAACUCUGAACUCCUGCAAGGUCCCCCAGAUCCGCUACGCGAGCGUGGAGCGGCUGCUGGAGCGGCUGACGGACCUGCGCUUCCUGAGCAUCGACUUCCUCAACACCUUCCUGCACACCUACCGCAUCUUCACCACCGCCGCCGUGGUGCUGGAGAAGCUCUCCGACAUCUACAGGCGGCCCUUCACCUCCAUCCCCGUCAGGUCUUUGGAGCUGUUCUUUGCCACCAGCCAGAACAACAGAGGGGAGUACCUGGCUGAUGGGAAAUCUCCACAUCUCUGCCGCAAGUUCUCCUCUCCUCCUCCCCUGUCACUCUCCAGGACCUCCUCACCGGCCAGGACCCGAAAACUGUCCUUGACCUCCCCACUCAACUCCAGGAUCGGAGCCCUCGACCUCUCGGCGUCGUCUGUGGCCAGCAGUCCUACCUCAAGCUACAGCCCAGCCACGUCCCCACCACCCACGGGCAGCAAGGCGCCUCUGGACCUGAGCCGGGGGCUGUCGUCCCCCGAGCAGAGCCCGGGCUCGGCUGAGGACAGCCUGGAGAACCCACGCCUGGACCUCUGCAACAAGCUCAGGAGGAGCAUCCGCAGAGCAGCAGUUCUGGAAUCUGUGUCAGUGGACAGGACCAUUCCUGAGAGCACCUCGGUGGUGGACACUGCAGAGCUGUCCCCUUGCAGGUCCCCUUCGACGCCUCGUCACCUCCGCUACCGCCAGCCAGGAGUGCAGACUGCUGACAACAGCCACUGCUCAGUGUCUCCUGCUUCUGCUUUUGCCAUUGCCACAGCUGCAGCUGGGCACGGGAGCCCACCAGGGUUCAACAACUCGGAGCGCACGUGCGACAAGGAGUUCAUCAUCCGCAGGGCCGCCACCAACCGCGUCCUCAACGUCCUGCGCCACUGGGUCUCCAAACACUCACAGGAUUUUGAGCUGAACAACGAGCUGAAAAUGAAUGUGUUAAAUUUGCUGGAGGAAGUUUUGAGAGACCCUGACCUUCUGCCACAGGAAAGGAAAGCUACUGCAAACAUACUGAGGACCCUUUCUCAGGAUGAUCAAGAUGAUAACCAUUUGAAAAUAGAGGAUAUCAUUCAGAUGCCAGACUGCCCCAAGCCUGAGUGCUUUGAGACGCUGUCGGCCAUGGAGCUGGCGGAGCAGAUCACCCUGCUGGACCACGUCGUGUUCCGCAGCAUCCCCUACGAAGAGUUCCUUGGGCAGGGCUGGAUGAAAAUGGAUAAAAAUGAGAGAACACCCUAUAUUAUGAAAACUAGCCAACAUUUUAAUGAUAUGAGCAACCUGGUGGCCUCUCAGAUCAUGAGCUACGCCGACGCGCCCUCGCGGGCUAGCGCCAUCGAGAAGUGGGUGGCCGUGGCCGACAUCUGCCGCUGCCUGCACAACUACAACGGCGUGCUGGAGAUCACCUCGGCCCUCAACAGGAGUGCCAUCUACAGGCUCAAGAAAACCUGGGCAAAGGUGUCCAAACAGACAAAAGCACUCAUGGACAAGCUUCAAAAGACUGUGUCAUCUGAAGGAAGAUUUAAAAACCUGAGAGAAAUGCUCAAAAACUGUAACCCACCUGCUGUUCCCUACCUUGGGAUGUACCUGACUGACCUGGCAUUCAUUGAGGAAGGAACACCCAACUUCACUGAAGAAGGCCUUGUUAAUUUUUCCAAAAUGAGAAUGAUCUCACACAUUAUCAGGGAAAUCCGGCAGUUCCAGCAGACCUCGUACCGCAUCGAGCACCAGCAGAAGGUCACUCAGUACCUGCUGGACAAGACCCUCAUCAUCGACGAGGACACCUUGUACGAGCUGUCCCUGAAGAUCGAGCCCCGGCUCCCCGCCUGA